AUGGACAGGCACUGCAAAUGGACUUGUAUGAUCCUGACGUUGCAGUGGCCUGGCAGCUUCUGUCUGAUCCUAAACAAUGAAACAAUUUGCAAUUUAUCACCUGACAUUCAGAACUGGACCAUCCAUGGCCUGUGGCCCAUUCACACAGGCCACUGCUGCAGUUGCUGGCCAAUAUUCCAGUCUCACCUUGAGGGGCUUGAGCCUGAGCUCUCCAAAUUCUGGCCAUCAUUCUUGAAGUCCACGACUGCUUUUAUGUUUUGGAAACAGGAGUGGUUUAAGCAUGGCACGUGUGCUGCUUGCGAUGAGAGCAUGGGCUCCACACAGCUCUAUUUCAAAACUGCACUCAAACUGCGUUUGUCGCUCCGCAUUGAGAGCGCCUUGGCUGAUGGUGGCAUCAAGCCUUCCUGUGACAAUGCUUAUCGGCACGACGACCUUCAUGCCGCCCUAAGACCGCUCCUAGGCGACAACUGUGUCCUUCAGUGCGUGAGAGAUGAGAAGGGGCACGAAGUGUGGGCGCAACUGAAGAUCUAUUUCUUCCGGAAUCAAACUCUAGGUUGUCAUUUCAAGGAAAUCGGAUAUGCAGACAAGAUUUUUCAACCCUCAAACUCUUCAGGACAUCCUUGCCCUACAGAGACCCCAAUCUUCUACUACCCAAUCAACUAUAAGAACCCUAAAAGGCCCUGCCAGUGAGAGAGACCAGCUCAGUUAUAGGUCGACUGCGAUGAACUGGCGACCUGCCCAGGGUGUUUCCCUGCCUUUCACCCUAUGACAGGCUCCA